AUGGCCACGAUGAAUGAAAGCCUCGUUGCACCUCUCGACAAAAAUGCAACCUCCUUUGCGCACCGUGGCAAUUUUCGUUGGAUAGACGGUCUCCUAUUAAGUUAUCAAUCUGGUUGGAAUGGCUGGCAAUUGGCUGCUACUGUCUUGAUUAUUUUGGUUGCUUAUGACCAACUUAUUUACAUCGUGCGGAAGGGCUCAAUAGCGGGACCUAUGUUCAAGAUUCCUUUCAUGGGGCCAUUCAUCCAAGCAAUAUAUCCAAAGUUUGAAUCAUAUCUUUCUCAAUGGGCUAGCGGUCCUCUCAGCUGCGUAUCUGUAUUUCACAAGUUUGUCGUCCUGGCUUCGGAUCGUGAUAUCGCUCAUAAAGUUUUCAAGUCGCCAGCGUAUGCCCGACCAUGCCUUGUCCCUAUUGCAACCGAGAUUAUGCGUCCCACGGCUUGGGUUUUUCUCACUGGCAAGGCCCAUGCCGAGUUUCGCAGAGGACUAAGUGGCCUUUUCACAAAUCAAGCAUUGAGCACGUACCUACCGAUUCAAGAGCGAGUCUUCGCAGAUUACUUUAACAAAUUCGUUGCCGCUAGCGAAGCUAAUGGAGGAAAACCCAUUGAGUUCAUGGGGCUUUCCAGAGAAAUCAACUGUGCACUAUCGUGUCGGACCUUUUUCGGGGACUACAUAUCCCAAGACGCCGUUAAGAGGAUUGCUGAUGACUUCUAUCGCGUUACUGCCGCUCUGGAGCUCGUGAACAUCCCUUACUCCACCUACAUUCCAUUCACAAAGUGCUGGCAUGGAAAGCGUAUCGCAAGCGCAGUUCAGGCAGAAUUUGCAAGAUGCGCUGCCGCCUGCAAGGCAAAUAUGGCCUCUGGAGCGGAGCCGACAUGCAUAGUCGAUCAAUGGGUAUUAAACAUGAUGGAGUCGAAGAAGUACAACGACAAGCUUGCAACGGGUGACAUGGAAGCCGAGAAACCCAAAAAUAUGAUUCGGGAAUUCACGAAUGAUGAAAUUGGGCAGACAAUGUUCACAUUUCUCUUUGCAUCUCAAGAUGCAUCCUCCAGCUCUACCACUUGGAUUUUCCAAGUCCUUGCUCAGAGACCUGACGUUCUUGACCGGCUUCGAGAGGAGAACCUUGCCGUGCGUGGUGGUGAUCGACAAAGGCCACUUGACUUGGCAAUGUUUGAAUCGCUCACUUACACCAAUGCCGUGGUAAAGGAGCUCCUUCGGUACCGUCCACCUGUAAUAUUUGUGCCCUAUCUAGCCACGCAAGCGUUCCCAGUCACUCCAGACUAUACUGUACCAAAAGGUGCCAUGAUAGUUCCGUCCUGCUACCCAGCUCUCCACGACCCUGAGGCAUACCCAAACCCUGAGAUUUUCGAUCCAGAACGAUGGAUUACGGGUGAUGCCAAUUCCAAGACCAAAAAUUGGCUUGUAUUUGGCGCUGGACCACAUGACUGUCUUGCCCGAAAGUACGUGCCACUUACGAUGGCGGCCAUGAUUGGGAAGGCUUCCCUAGAGAUUGAUUGGGUGCAUCAUGCUACCGAUCGCUCGGAGGAUAUUCGAGUUUUUGCCACCCUAUUCCCAAUGGACGGAUGCCCACUUGUGUUUAGUAAGCGCAACUAA